GCCAAUUGUCAUUUUUACCAAAGCAAAACGCAAAAUCGGACCAAGUUGCUUGCUCGCAUCGAACUUUUCCGGAAAUAAAAAUGUCCGCACCGACCGCUGCGGCACUGGCCCACACGCGACGGGUUUGCUCGCUGUACAAAAAGUCGCUGCGUAACCUGGAAUCGUGGUACGAUAGAAGACACAUAUUCCGCUACCAGGCAACGUUGAUGCGAGCCCGCUUCGAUCAGCACAGGAACGAGAAGGACCCGGCAAAGGUGGCUCAGCUUGUUGCCGAUGGCGAGCGAGAAUUGUUCGAAAAGCAGCACUACCAGCCGAGAAAGUUCCCCAUGUCGCCCGGUGGUGUAGCGUUCGAGCGCGAAGUGAUUCCCCCGGACUGGGUUCUGGAUUAUUGGCACCCGCUGGAAAAGGCACAGUUCCCCGACUACUUUGCACGGCGCGAAAAGCGCAAGGAAGAGUACAUCGUUUGGUGGGAAAAGCAGUACGGCAAAUCGUCCGCUAACGAUUCCUCCUCCCAUCACUGAAUGCGCGAGUGAUCGAAGCGAACCGGUGCCGAUCGUUUGUGUAUGAGUUAGCUUAUCAUGGUUUAGAGCGAAAUCGAGCGGUGGAAAUACGAUUGUUGAAAAGGUA